AUGUGUGAAGAGAUCAGCUACGUGGACUACGUCUUCACGCGCUAUCUGCUGGACACGACGCCUCUCAGACACGACAUAAAGGCUCUGCACGCUGAAGAUGCACUCUGUACGUGGAUAGGCGUUCCGUAUUACCAAUAUGGUAGAAAGCCCCAGAUCUACGUCUGGCCGCGACUGCAGCGCAUCUUGGAGCAAGGCCCGGCCACUUCGAGUCGGAGAUAUCCGAGCCUUGUUUCAUUCAUCGGCGACACCGGAUCCGGGAAGAGCACGCUAAUUCGAGCCAUGAUCCAACGGAUCAGGCCAAGUGAAACGGAGCUGCACUCGGUCCCUGUUCCUGGGCUGCCGGACGACGACUUCCGGUCGACGAGCAGCGAUAUUCACGUCUACGUUGAUCCAAAUACCCGCUUCACCAAUUCUCCCACCUUCUACGCCGACUGUGAGGGUUUUGUUGGCGGCGCGAAUCCAAUAGCGAGGGAGCAGAUUGCAUCUCUGAACCAGCGUCGCACAGCUCGCGACCACCGAAUGAAUCAGACCGAGUCGCGCGAGGGAAAACUGUUUGAAAACAUAGAGCACUACAACCGAACUGCUCGAAAGCCUCCCGUAAAUUUACAAUGGGGAAGGCUGGUUUCUCUGCCUCGCGGGGCGGCGUAUCCAAACGACCCGACAACAAGGCGGCCAAGAGGUCACGUUGAUGACCAGACGCAGGAAAGAAUUGUGAAGAGAGUCUAUCCCAAGAUUCUAUACGCAUUUUCCGAUGUCAUUUGCUUUGUGACGAACAAUCCCAGAUCCUCCCAAGACUUUCUGAAGCGAUUGAUCGAAUGGGCCAAAGAAGCCUACGAUCGCAUUCUGAACCAGAGGGUAAAGCCAGCAGUCAUCAUUAUCCUUAACAAGCAUCUUGACCCCGACGCUUGCGUUCGACGUGACCUCACGCGAGAGAUGCUACGCGAAUUUGAGCAGAGCCAAACCUACCACGAGUUGGUCGACCUUUGGACGCAACGAGGGCGAAGGAUCCAAUGUGCCAAAGAUGUACUGGAAUGUUACUACCGGUCCAUCAAAGUCGUCACCAUUCCAGUCUACGGGAAACGCAGCAUGCCCAGUGCGGCCGCGUCCAUCUCUAAGGCCGUUCAGCGGCUCUACGAAGAUAUUCAAGCGUCAACAAAGGUGAUCCGGGAUCAGAGGACGUCUUCCAACACUCAAUUUGACGUGGCGACUCUGGACACGUAUCUGAAUGACUCGCUGCGGGCACUGGCCAAGGACUAUCGCUCGUCGCUUGACUUCCAUCGCCUGGCAGCAGGGGUUGCACUAAGGCCCAAGCUAUUCUCUGAGCAUCUAGCAGCUGUGAUGGCAAAUCUUGCCCGCACGCGUGGUCUGGACGAGACAAACGAGGUCGGUGGCGAACAACAGGUCGCCGAUGACAUGGCGCGAUUUGUCGGCGCUUCAAUCGCCGUCCAGCUUCCAUGGGGCGGGGUGGAGGAAGAAUUGCAAGAGCAAAAGGAGUCCUUGGUUCAGGAAGCUCGCCACGGCUUUGAGCUCUACCGCUGGAGAGACUGGCGCUGCGAAGCAAUGGAUCGCAGAGGCCAACGACGUUGUCGAAACUAUUACAACCUGCACCGCAAGGGCCACCAGUUCGAGCGCCCAAGAGAUCGUCAAUCCGUCGGGAUUUCAGUGGACGACGUCGAAGAGCAUAGCCACGUGUGCUCGUGGGAUCCAGACAGGUUCCACGAAUUGAUCUGGGACGAGCUUAAGCGUCUGAAGAGCAAACGUUCCGGCAUGCGGAGACUGGCCGCGUUAGCCCUAGGGACAGGGAUAGCAGGAGGCCACGGCAUCUGCGAGGAGUGUCUUCACCGCUUCGCUGAUGAAGUCGAUUACAACCCUGUUCUUCAGCUAAAGCGCUGCCCGCUAGGAUGUUCUUUCACCAAACCAUCUUGGAGUAUACGAGUGAAGCCAAAGACAGCCGGUCCGCGGGUUCUCGCGCUCGAUGGCGGGGGCGGCGUGAGAGGAAUUGUAGAGCUAGCCUUUCUGAACCAGAUCGAGAAGGAGGCGAAUAUCCAUAUACACGAACUCUUUGACCUCGUAGUCGGCACAAGCACUGGGGGGGUCGUUGCAUUGGGCGUCUUCUACCAGGGAUGGAGUCCGAAGGAUAGUAUCUCGACCUUCCAGAAGCUCGCCAGGAGCGCCUUCUCUCUGCGAAUGAGGUUGGGAGCUCCGGUCAUCAAGUCGGUCGUGCAGCCGUUUUGCUCGUUCCGAUACACGAGUGCGGGCAUCGAGAAGGCGCUGAAGGAUCAGUUCGGCGAAACUGCCUAUUUGUUUGGGCCGACCGACGGGGACAGACAGCAGGCGGACUGGGUCAAAGUUGGCGUUGUGACUUGCCUACAGUCCCAGAACGAGGCUGGCUUGGUGGCAAACUAUUCAAGAGAUCCAAGCGGGAAUAGCGAAGAAGACCCUCUUAUUCGAGCAGAGCAUCAGUCGCAAGACUUCAAGGUUUGGGAAGCUGCGAGAGCAACAACCGCAGCGCCCUUCUACUUCCAGCCCUUCACUCACCACCACGGAACUUAUGAGGACGGCGCCAUGGCCGAGAUCAACCCCAUCAGAUUGGCCGUCUCCGAGAGCAAGAAAAUCUGGCCCGACUGCUCCCGACCCGACAUUGUUGUCUCCAUCGGAACCGGUCGAGUCGUAGACAUCGCCGGCAAACCCCGAACGCAGGACGACCCCAGGACCGAGAAGCUCAUCUCAUUCCUCCCCGGUGGUAUACGAAAGCAAGUCGAGACGUCGUACAACACCAUCAAGAGCACGACGGCCUGUGAGGAUGCGUGGAAAGACUUCAUGCAGAACAUGCUCGACCAGCAACUUCGGCCACACUGCCACCGGCUCAACAUUGCCAUGUCCAAGGGCGUCAAGAUGGACGAAGUCAAAGAAAUGGGCGCUUUGAACAAGACUUUCAAAGCGUAUCUCAGUAACGAAUCUCGCGCGCCGUAUUUAGACUCGCGGUUCAAUUCUCUGGAUGACCACGUGUGUGCUGUCGCGAGACGCCUGGUUGCGAGCCUCUUCUGCUUCUCUCGCGAGUUGGAUGAGGACAUGCCAGCCGACCACGUCCAGGGAUGGAUCUUCUGCCGUGUUAAUCCGGGGUCUCAGGAUGCAGAGACGCUCUGCAACUCCGGUAUCAGAUUCCGACUGCUGCAAGAGUCGACAUCACCGAGAAACAGGGCGUCGCCGAGAAACAGAGCGGAGCGGAUCAUGCCCAUCAACUUCACCCGUGGGAGGACGCGCUUCGAUCCGCAGGAUAUGGUGGCGCUUGUAACGUUCAGGGUGUUUUCUGGCCCGUUCCGGAAGACAAUCCAGCUUCAUUCGCCAGAGUGGAGGGGGCGGACGGAACACUGGGAGGCUAUCUCUGGCUUUUAG